GGAACUGGAGCUGCAGACGACUCUGUGGGAGGAGAGAGAGGAGAAGGUGGCGGAACAGCGGAGGCUACGGGAGCAGCAGGAGCAGAAGCAGAAGCCCCAGGUCAAGAGGGAAGCUGUGGUGAACUGGUGGAGAGCCCUUAAGGUGGAGGGGAGUAGGACCAAGGCCAAGCCUGAAGACACCCUGACCCAGCCCAGCCAGGUCCUCACUGAGACAGAGUCCAAGCUCCAACAGGAAGAGCACACCAUCACAAAGAUUAAGGAACAGGUAUGCCACCUUGAGGCGGCUCUGAGAACUGCCCAGGAGGGCGUAGCUGAGCACAGAAACAUUCAGGACAGGGUGAGAGUUCUUCACAACGACAAGGAGACCAACACGGUGAGAGAGGGACCUGGCUGGACUGGAGAGGAGGCAUCAAAGGAGCGUAAGGACGUGGCUGUGGCUACAGACCCUGUGGAGGACCCAGGUAGAUCAGAGAAGGUAGCAGGCCAGUUUGUGACCUCAGAGGGUCUGCUGGUGACCCUCAGGAGGAUGGAGGCCAUGGUCAGCAGUGCCUUGGAGGCAGCUGAGCUGGUUAGGGAGAGUCAGCGAAGGGUCAGCCAGGUCAAGGAGAGGAUGGAGAGCAUCACUCAGAAGAUGGAGGAAGCUCUGACCAGAGCAGGGGACACAGAGGGUCAGCUCAGUGCCCUGGAGGCCAGGGUCACAGCCAAACCUCAGUUGCCAGGUCCGAUAGGGCAGACAGCCCAGCCUGAUGUUGAAGCUAUAGGCGGAGACACACCCAGGAACCCCUCUCCUCCAGAGCCUGUGACCGAAAGCUACAGCAAGUCUCGAUGGCCCCUUAUAAGCGGUGCCAUUUAUUCACGAACUGGAGGAGGCAGCAACAGUGGCAGCAAGAGCUGUGACGAUUCAGAGCCACCCUGCACUGAUGACAACAAACCAAGCCAAGUCCAAUGUCCUGACUUUGUCCAAGACCAAAAGCACAACAGUACCAGCAGUGAUGGUCCUGCACCUGCAUUUUUAGGUUUCAUCCCAGUGUCAGAGACACAAACGCCCCCAGUGUCCCCAUCACAAGUCUUCCUCCAGUACGAGUGUGCACCUCCUCUUACCGUCCCACCGGAAACACCCCCUCAGUCUGCCUGUGUCAGUCAUGCUGCCGCUCACACUGAGGAGAAUGUAGCAGGUCUCAGAUCGGAGGAUCCUAGUUGCCGUGACUACUGUCAGUCAGAGGCCCGCGACUGUGGGAGUGGCCAAGCAUUGCCGCCUGGAGACUGUGGGAGAAGUCAGCCAUCAAACCCAGGAGACAGUGGUAGUAAAGCCUCUGAACCAGAAGAUCGUGGGAGGAGCAACACAUUACAACCAACAGAUAUUGGGUGUGAUCUAGAGCAUUGUGGGAGUUUCCAUUCUCGAGAUCUACCGACGGUUUUAAUAACAGGCUCAGAUAAAGAAGGAGGGGGCCACGAGUUGUACUGCUUUCCCUGGGUUCAGACUGAACAGCAGUUAGAGGAAUCCCCUACCCAACCCAUUCCAGCUGAGAGCCCCUUUUUUUUCCCCCUGACACGACCCCGUGCCCCACAGCCCCCCGUUAUGCCCGUCCUCCCUGAAGAAGAGGAGGAUUCCCCUGAGGAGCUCGAUAGUUCCUCCAGCUCACCCAGCACAUAUACACCAGUUGAAAGUAGAGCAGUUACCGUGGCGAUGCCUGCUCCCACCAUUGUCUUCCCAAAGCAAGCGACCGUGACCGUGGUUCAAGCAGACGGUCGUCCUCUGGAACAGACCAGACCACACAGUCCCAGACCUCGCUUGUCCCGAAACGUCCCGGGAGGACCCAUCACUACAGUCGACAGUACAGGCAAUGUGAUAGACCUGGUGAAAGACCAUCUUCCUGAGCUGCAGCUCUCGGAGGAGGACCGUCAGAAGAACCUGGUGCUACUGCAGGAGGCCAAGAAAGUCAGCGACCGCUUCCUGAGCCGCAGGGGCCGAAAGUCCACCUGCAGCCUCUCUGAAUCCCCCACAGGUCUUUCUCCUAACCACACACCAUCCUCCUCACCUGUACCGUCCAGAAGCAGCUCUCUUAUCACAGCCCCUCAAAUAGAUGUAGCCACAGAGGUGACCUAUGCCCCCUCGUCGCCUGUCAGCCUGCGAUUGGAGGUUCUGUCUGCGAGGGAGCAGGCUGAUACCAGUACACCGGAGCAUGAGAGCACCAGGAGGUUGGUGGACUGGAAGCCCAAUGAGAAGCGUAAGGUGUCCUCAGGCACCCUGGCUCCCCGCUACUCUGUUCCCCCACCCCCCAGGGAGCCCAGUGGGGGCCAGAAGGAGAACUUUGACCCCCGGGUAACAGCUAAGAAUUGCCCAGCACCAGUACUAGUCAAUAAGCCAGAGGAGGGUCUGGUUCGAGCCCCCAACCAGGCCCCUGCUACUGGGGUGGCCAAGCCUGUCCCUCGGCCCCCCACUCAGCAGGCCCCCUGCACGGCAGAGAUCAAGACCAUCGGGGCCUUUCCUCCCCUCAUGAGAGCUGUGUCCUGGGACACUGUUGGAACUCUCAACGCCAGAAAUGGGGCACCAAGUCUCCCCUCUACAAACGAGGAAACCUUCUCCUUUCAAGACAAGACCCGGGAUGCCCUGCUCAAGUCCUCUGGGUACAAGGACUUCCCUGUACAGCCUGUCAAUGUGCAGAAACUGUCCAAAAUAAGAGAGGAGCACAAGCUGAUGCGGAACCAAAGCAUUGUGGGGUCAAAGUUGGCAGACUUGAGUGAAACAGCUGAACAGGAAAGAGGUCCCUCUCUUCUGCCCACUGCAGGGUCUCCUACUGAUGAGGAGGCUAAAGAGAAGUCAGAUGCCAUGCCCAACAUCUCAGACAUCAUGCUGAGGAAACUCAAACUGCACAGGGGGCUACCAGGCUGUGCACCUCCACUCACCGAAAAAGAAGUUGAGAACGCGUUUGUUCAACUGUCGCUGGCGUUCCGGAAUGACAACUACACUCUGGAGACACGGCUGAAACAGGCGGAGCGGGAGCGGACCCUGACCGAGGAAAACACGGAGAAGGAACUAGAAGAAUUCAAAGGCUCUCUGAAGUGCACGGCACCACAGUGGAGUAACAUGGAGCAGCGGGAGUCCUACCAGUGCCUCAUAGAGACAGUAGCAGUACUGCACCGUCUGGCCACCAGGCUCUCCAGCAGAGCUGAGAUGGUUGGAGCAGUCAGACAGGAGAAACGUAUGAACAAGGCCACAGAGGUGAUGAUGCAGUACGUGGAGAAUCUGAAGAGGACCUAUGAGAAGGACCACGCUGAGCUGAUGGAGUUCAAGAAGCUGGCCAACCAGAACUCCAGUCGCUGCUAUGGAGGAUCCAUAGACACUGGAGAUGAUGGAGUCCCACGGCCAUCCAGAUCCAUGUCCCUGACCCUGGGAAAGGCUUUGCCCAGACGGAGGGUCAGUGUUGCGGUGGUCCCCAAAUUUAACCUCCUGAACAUCCCUGGUCAGACCCCGGUCAUGGCAGGACCCGGCCCCAGCGUUGCCAUGGGACCCAGCCCCCAACCCACCAUGGGCCAAGCACUUCCUGUCCUGUGUGAAGCCAACAGUAUGAAAAGCAACUUUCCCACUGAGCCCACACAGCCAGCUAUAGCUGAGAGUGGAAAGAGUGUGGCAGAGCAGGAAGCUGAGCCAUCUGCCCCAGCCAAGCCCUCCGUCAACCUAGAGGAGAUCAGAUCAGAGAUCAAGGCAAAGAUCGAGGAGGAGGCCUACAAUAAAGGCUACCAAGAGGGACUGAAGAGAAGUAAAGAAGUCAAAGAGGUGGAGGAGGAGGAGGAAGAGGAGGAGGAGAAGGUAGAGGAAAAGCCAGAAAAGAAGGAUGAAAGAAAAGAAGUCAGCAGAAAAGAAAAGUUCAACAGUAAGGUUGAAGAGGUCCUAGUUGUCCUUGACCGGCUUUGCCCCAAGAUUUUCCGUCGUAACCGACUUCUCUGGAUUGUUUUGACGUUGUUCCUGGUCACGUUUCUGGCCGUCAGUGUUUUCACAUACUUUAGUGAUCGCUAUAACAACCAUGGGGACAUGUCGGCAGAAAAAGCCAUGGUCCAGGGCAAGAAGAAGAUCUUUGGACUGAAUGUAGGAGUACAGCCAAAGAAUCCCACUGCAGAAUAACAAAGAGCAUGUCUCAUACUUCUCUCAGUCCAUAGACUCUUUUUUCCCAUGAUACAUCAAGAGCUGAACUUGAAUAUAGGGUUUUGAAGAUCUAGGGUUUGGGGGAUGUAUCUUUGGGAGCGUUUAUUUAGUUUUUUAUUGGUUUCAGAGGAUAAGCCUUCUAAUGAUCAUAAACUUUAUCAAGGCAUAUUUAUGUUGUGUUAGGAAAGCUGCCUGAGUGUUUCUGAUGGUGAUAUAUGAUUGUUGCUUAGGGGGCCAAGUAUAAUAGUGUGAUGAAAUAUGUUCUUAUCUACAGUGACUUCGGAUUCGGAUUUGAAAUGAUACAAUGACUAUUAGGUGAAAAUGCAGACUGUCAGCUUUAAUAUGAGGGCCUUUCUAUCCAUAUCAGGUGAACUGUUUAGAAAAUACAGCACUUUUUGUACGUAGUCUCCCCAUUUCAGGGAGCCAAAAGUAUUUGAACAGAUUCACUUAUAUGUCUAUUAAAGAAGUUCAAAAUGUAAUAUUUGCCUUGUGACUCUACCAACCUGUUGGAUGCAUUCACAGUUUGUUUUGGUUGUGAAUGGUAAAUAAUGUAUUGUGUCAUUUUGGAGUUGUAAAUAAGAAUAUAAUCUUUUUCUGAACAAUUCUACUUUAAUGUGGAUGCUACCAUGAUUACAGAUAAUCCUGAAUGACACAAUGAACAGAAUGAACAGGGAGGGUUAGCAUUUUGGAGGGGAAUGAAUCAUUGUUCCCGUAUCAUUCAUAAUUAUCAUGGUAGCAUCCACAUGAAUUUAAAUAUGGUUUAGAAACAUGUUCUACUCUUAUUUACAAUAAAAGUGACUCCAAAAUACAGAAUACAUUAUUUACCAUUCAUUUCUCUUCGGCACAAAAUAAUCUGACACACAAACUGCAAAUGCAUUCAACAAGUUUGUAUUCACAAGUUUGAUGUAAUCAUUGCAUGCUAUAAAUAUGGGACCAUAUACUACACUUUUGGCUACUUUAAUACACAUAGAAGUGAAUUUGUCCAAAUAGUUUUGGUUCCCUAAAAUGGGGGGACCUUGCACAAAAAGUCCUGUAAUUUUUAAACGAUUCACCCGAUAUGGAUGAAAAUACCCUCAAACUAAAGCUGACAGUUUGCACUUUAUAGUCUUUAUCAUUUGAAAUCCAAAGUGCUGAAGUACAGAGCCCCCCAAAAAUAUAUAUUUGUCAUUGUGCAAAUACUUUUGGACCUCACUGUGUAUAUUCACAAUGUAUUGUUAUUUUUCCUUGUCCUACUCUGAAUGUCAUCCUGGAGGACUGAAUGUGGCCCCUUGGGCGAAAAUGGAUGAUUCAUGAUGAGUUCCCUAAGACAAAUGUCACAGUAGACUAAUGUACAUUCAUCUACCACUCUGUUACUUUUAUGUUCAUUCUCUCAGGUCCAGUAAGCGGACAUCCCCUGAAGAGAUUUACAGAGAUAUUUAAAGAGAUGUUUUUUUUGUUUUGUUUUUUAAGUAAAAUAUCUAUAUUUGUGGUAUUUAAGCAGAUACUUUUUUGGAAAAUCUAUAAUAUAAGCACAUUCCAAAGUAGUUCCUCAAGUGCAAUAUUUAGCAGCUGAUGGUUCUUGUUUGUAUGUAUCGUUACUGUUAUGGUUUGCGUCCUCCGAGCACUGAAAGAUUUCCUUCAUGUACGAGAGCACUUUUAGACAGCAUGAGAAAUGUUUUAUCUUCUUCGCACUUGUGUGCCAGGAUUUUCUGUUGUGUCAUCUUCGCCUUGAAAUAAAGGUGCCUUAAAACUCCCA